UAUGUUUUUUCGAGUCCUGAAAAUGGCUUAUUUGUAAAGAAAGAGUAAGACUGAGUAGGAUAGACGUUUGCCGGACCCUCGCAACGUGAGAAGCCUAGGGUCGCCCUUUUAUUAAAAUAAAUGGUUUUUUAAUUUAAGUUUUUAUCUGGGGAUCAUGUAUGUUUAGUGAAAAAGCUCUCACCUUUCAGCGAAAGACAGCUUCUUUUUUUCACCUUUUGCACUCAUGGGUGUUUGUUUAAGCCUUGAUCGUGAAGAUUUUAUGUGGUAAAGUAUUCAACAGAGCGAAAGAAGUGAUGGGUAGUAAGCUCGAAGCUUGUGCAGAAUGUACUCUGAAGUGUUUGCAGGAUCAUGGGAACAAGAAAAAAGCUUCACCUGUUGUCGCCUCUUUUUUCAAAAUCAUGAUCGGAGAUCAGCUUUCUAAAGUUUUGUUCUUGCCUCCUAAGUUUGCUCCUACUGUGUCAGCAUUGGUCAAUAAAAAAGCUGUUCUUGAAGAUUCACGAGGGUGGCAGUGGAAAGUUACGAUAUCCAGAGUUGAUGGCUCCCUUGCUUUUCAACAAGGAUGGAAUGCAUUUGCAUUAGACAAUGACCUACAAGUCGGAGAACUUCUUUUCUUCAAUUAUGUUACGGAUUCACAUUUUGAUGUUAAGAUUUGUGACAAAUCAGGGUGUGAGAAACUCAAGUUUCCUGAGGCCAUGAAUCAGAAGAACUGGACGUGGGAUAACCAAAAUUCCUCUGUCAAAGAUGGUCCUUGCCACACAGUUGAUAACAGUUUGAUGGACAAACAGGGUUCAAGCACCUCUCUUACGUCUGAUGCAGAUGAAGAUAUAGGUCAAGAUCUGGAUCCGAUGAAUGCCAAGAGGAAAGCACCUAUGGUCAUGGGAAAUGCUUCAAAGUGUGAUAAUAGUCAUGAAAGGUCAAAGCUUAAGCUGAAAGAACCAGAUAGAGAUAUAGGUCAACACCUGCAUGAUAUGAAUUCCAAGAGGAAAGCACCUAUGGUCAUGGGAAAUGCUUCGAACUGUGAUAAUAGUCGUGAAAGGUCAAAGCUUAAGCGGAAAAAACCAGAUGGAGAUAUAGGUCAAGAUCUGCAUGGUAUGAAUGCCACGAGGAAAGCACCCGUGGUCACCGGAAAUGCUUCAAACUGUGAUAAUAGUCAUGAAAGGUCAAAGCUUAAGCUGAAAGAACCAGAUGGAGAUAUAGGUCAACACCUGUAUGUUAUGAAUGCCAAGAGGAAAGCACCUGUGGUCACCGGAAAUGCUUCAAACUGUGAUAAUAGUCAUGAAAGGUCAAAGUUUAAGCUGAAAGAACCAGAUGGAGAUAUAGGUCAAGAUCUGUAUGGUAUGAAUGCCAAGACGAAAGCACCUGUGGUCACCGAAAAUGCUUCAAACUGUGAUAAUAGUCAUGAAAGGUCAAAGCUUAAGCUGAAAGAACCAGAUGGAGAUAUAGUUCAACACCUGUAUGUUAUGAAUGCCAAGAGGAAAGCACCUGUGGUCACCGGAAAUGCUUCAAACUGUGAUAAUAGUCAUGAAAGGUCAAAGUUUAAGCUGAAAGAACCAGAUGAAGAUAUAGGUCAAGAUCUGUAUGGUAUGAAUGCCAAGACGAAAGCACCUGUGGUCACCGAAAAUGCUUCAAACUGUGAUAAUAGUCAUGAAAGGUCAAAGCUUAAGCUGAAAGAACCAGAUGGAGUUAUAGAUCAACACCUGUAUAAUAUGAAUGACAAGGGGGAAUGUACAAUUGCAACAGAAAAUGCUUCAAACUAUGAUGAUAGUAAUGAAAUGCCAAAGCUCAAGCCAAAAGAAGAAUACAUUGAAGAUAUGAUCUGUAUGAUCGAUAGAGAACUGGGAGACAAACAAGAAGACAACAGAAGCUGUAUAUAUGAUUCACUGAAUUUUGAACUAUUGGAACUGAAGUCUGGCACUGGUGGAAGCAACGAAGUAGUUGUUUGGGAUGGAACAUGCUCAUAUCAUGAUGAUUCAUCUGUAAGAUUGAGAAACGAGGCUGGCUCGGUUGAUAAAAAUCCUGUGGCUAAAGAAGCAGUGGCUGCAGCAUUUCCAAUGGAUGAAACCUACUCACCUCAUGAUGAUUCAUCACUAAGAUUGAGAAACGAGGCUGGCUCAGUUGAUAAAAGUCCAGUGGCUAAAGAGGCAGUGACUGCAGCAAUUCCGAUGGAUGAAACAUGCUCAAGUCAUGAUGAUUCAUCACUAAGAUUGAGAGGUGAGGCUAGUUUAGUUGAUAAAGCUCCAGUGGCUAGAGAAGCAGUGACUAUAGCAAUUCCUUCGGAUGCAUAUAAGUUUGAUGGGACUGAGAAAAAUAAUUCUUCUGAAGCCAGAGUGAAAAAGGUAUCACCUUCUGGUGAUGAUUCAAGAACCACCAACAAGACCUCUCAUCAUCUCUUCCCAACAGCUGCUGUGAAUCCUAAUGAUACAGGCAAUAAGGUGGCAGCAUCCAAAAAGGAGCAUGAUUUGAUCGAUGAAAGUUUUCAAAGAGCUAAAAAGAACUUUACUGGAACUCCUCCAGAGUCUUUUGAUAUGAUGACGAAGGCUGUUAAAAAAGAGUCUGUAGAUUUGAUUUCAGAUCCAUGCUUUCAGAAAAUCAUACCAGAAAUAGAUGGGAAAUCAUUCGAGCCAGUCGACGCAGUGUGUAGUCAGAUUUCUAAUAUGAUUAAAAGAGAAAAGGACAUUGCGUUUCCUGUGCCUGUGAUAAAAUCUGAACCUGUCGAUCAAGUUGAAACCUUUCCAAGCUCAUCGUUCUCCUGUUUGGUGGCAGUAGGCAGUCAAUCGUUUCUAGAGCUGCCAGUGCGCUUGCCAAUACGCAUGACCAUCAGGGGAAGGCAUACACCAGAUAGGAGGGUAAUUUUCCUUCGAGACACAACAAUGAGAUUGUGGCCAGUCCUCUACAUUGAUAAUUGUUUCUCCAAAAUUUUGUCGAGUGGUUGGGAAGCUUUCAGCAAGGCAAACAACAUUCAACCGGGAGAUACGUGUGCUAUUGGGAUCGAAGAUGCGUCUGAACGCAUAUGCAGCGUCCAUAUAAUUAGAACCUAAGAUGAUACAACACUUUUUGUGAUUUUUUGUAUGUACCGUGGGAGUAUUGUUAUUUAUAUCAUCUUGAACAAACCACCUUACGUAACUCUAAUAGAGGUGGGGUCCACACAUGCGGGUUUAACCUCUACUAGAGAAGUAAUACGCAAGAUGGUCAGUUCUGAUGGUCGAAAUAGCUCUACUCUUUCUGUAGAGCUGCAAAACCAGCACGCAGGAACCACGUAUUAGGUUGUAGUCUAACAAAGUUUGACCUAGUUUUAGUUCUAUCAGGAGCAAGAAGCCCGGGAUUCUGAGUGUUGGGUUUUGUCUGUUAAAAUAUUUUAAUUCUGGAACAUAAUCUUUGUCCAUGA